UCAAACCUUUCCAGUCAUACACAGCGUUUAUUUCUUAAAUGAACACGUCAUUUAGGUGUCAGCUUUAGUUCGAGCUCGCUAACGAGUUUAGUUGGGACCACGCCCACCUCAAUCGUUAGGCCCCGCCCCCCUGUGAAAGUAAUCCCAGCAGAAGCAGAUCUGAUGUUCAAACUGUUGCUCGGACCCUGUGCAGCUGCAGCUCUCGGUGAAACUAAAACCACCUUCAUCCGUGUGAGCCUGGACGUCAGAAUGAAGCGAAGCCUCAACUACAGCUCAUCAGACAGCGAGCUGGAUGACAAUGUGGAGGUGGAGAAGGACAGUGGCGACGAAAAUGGUCAAGCUGACUCUCCAGGAUCCAUGUCACCCUCCACCACCACGACACAAGUUCAAGCAAGAAAAAGGCGCAGAGGGAUAAUAGAGAAAAGGAGACGUGACCGGAUCAAUAAUAGCCUGUCAGAGCUGAGAAGACUGGUACCAAGUGCCUUUGAGAAGCAGGGAUCAGCUAAAUUGGAAAAAGCAGAAAUUCUGCAGAUGACAGUGGACCACCUGAAGAUGCUUCAUGCAUCUGGAGGAAAAGGUUACUUUGAGGCUCAUGCUCUUGCUAAGGAUUACCGCAGUCUGGGCUUCAGGGAGUGUCUGGCAGAGACAGCCCGUUACCUGAGCAUCAUCGAGGGCCGGGACAGCACAGACUCCCUGCGGAUCCGCUUGGUGUCCCACCUCAGCAACUACGCCUCCCAGAGGGAGGUUCACACUGGACUGGAGCAUUUUGCUUGGGGCUCGGCGUAUGGGACAGCCCCGUCCCCUCUCCCCCACCAUCUUCUUCUACAGCACCCUCAGGGCAGGACACCUGCGCCCAGAACAAACAGCAGCCCACCCUCUUCCUGCUCCUCUUCUUCUUCUUCAUCCUCCUCAUCCGGUGAGGCUUCUGGAACGUCCAGACUCAGCAUGCUGUCCCCCACAGAGUCUCUCAGGGUGCCUCCUAACGGCUCCUUACCCCUCAGUCUACCUGUGCCGACAUCUAAGUUGUCCCCACCUCUCGUCUCGUCUCUCUCCUCGCUUUCGGCCUUCCCCCUCUCCUUUGGGGCCUUUCCUCUCAUCUCCCCGACGGCCAUCGGUACAGUGAGUCCCACCUCCACCAUGUCGAAGCCUUACAGGCCGUGGGGCAUGGAGAUUGGGGCGUUCUGACGCUGAGCACUGGACUCCAGGCAACAGCUGAGCUGUGCCCACCAUCACCGACAAAUCCUGCUUCAACUGUUCAUAUGGCAAUAAACUAAAGGAAAAUAAAUCAAAAUAAUUUUAUUUUGCUUAGAAAUAAGUUUGAGAAGUUGCAGGUGGACGUAAUGCCCUUUUAGAAUUGUAUUUACUUAAAAGGUGAUGUGUUAUUAAAAAGCUUAAUUUAGGUCAUCUUUUCGCCUCCAGGUUGAGGACUGAUGUAAAAAUAUGAAUGAGCCAUGAUAGACUGAUUGUACAGAUACAAUUAAAAAACUGUGCAAACUGGCGACCACCAGGGCUGGACACAGGAGGAUAUGGGCCCCUGGGCUAGAGUUUUGGUGACCACUCAAUUUUCUUUUACCUAUGCAAGUUGUAAGUAAAUAUCACAAAAACAUUUUGUCCAAACCACUAAAUAAAAAGAAGCGAAAGUUUCUUUUAAACAAAUAAUAACUUUGUCAUCUAUUGGUAACAAUGAGACAAAAACAUUAUAUGCCAGUCCUCUUUGUGGCUUUUUAACCAAGUCUCUGAAAUACACCAAAAACAAAGGAGGUCCUGGAAGAUGUGCUUAAGGUUUGCUGUUGUUGCACCUAAAGUGUUUGGGCUUAGCUAGACUAAAAAUGGGCCUUUGACAUCAUCAUUUACAAAUAGUUGAAUAGUGGUGUUUAACAUGAAAAUCUUGGCU